CAAUCAAUUUAUAAUUAUGCCUCCUCAACCAUCAGGUAAAGCUGUUAAGAAAGCCGGUAAGGCCCAAAAAGCUGUACGAGCUACCGACAAGAAAAAGAAGAAGAAGCGACGAAAGGAAUCCUUCUCCAUCUACAUCUACAAAGUGUUGAAGCAAGUUCAUCCAGAUACUGGUAUCUCAUCUAAAGCCAUGUCUAUCAUGAACUCCUUUGUGAAUGACAUUUUUGAGCGAAUUGCCGCUGAAGCCUCAAGAUUGGCUCACUACAACAAGCGAUCUACCAUCACUUCUAGGGAGAUUCAAACUGCUGUCCGACUUCUCCUUCCUGGUGAAUUGGCUAAGCACGCUGUGUCUGAAGGAACUAAAGCAGUUACCAAAAACACUUCAUCCAAAUAAAUAUUUCAUUCUUCCUGA